AGGGCGAGGGUCGGGUUUUGCAGCUCAAGCACUGUCCGCCUGGCUGGUACCUGAAGGAUGAAGGAUGCUAGACGGAGCCGCACAGACCCUGGAGCAUACCAACUGCCUGGCCAGUGGGGGAGCCUGGAUCCUGCCUGCAGCCCCUGCGUGUGGUGUGCACCCCCACCCCUACGCCCGACUGUCUCUCUCCCUGCCCCUCCCCCAUAGCAGGCAUUCCGAGUCCCGGGCUAGAGCCUAAAGGAGCGGAGGCUCUCCCCCUCAAAUGGGGUGGUCUCGGCCUGUGACAGCCCCGCAGUGCAGUGGGCAGGCGGUGGCAGGGGACCCUGCUCAUUUGAAAAUCUGACAUCAGCGGGCCAGUCGCCUCUCUCUCCUCCUCCCCCGCCUCCUCCGACACAGCCUCUCUUGCACCGGCAUCUUCCUUGCUCUUCCAGGGCCCCUCCAGACCCCACAUCCAGGAAAAUGUGAGGCGCUCCAGGUAUCAGCUGGGCGAUCGCCACCUCACGGGUCUAGCCACGAGUGACUGCAGUGGAAGGGGCAGCGGAGGAGCUCGGGGAAGAUGGCCAACGAGCCGGCAGACCAGAGAGACGCAGGGGAAGCCAGGGAAGAAGAGGAACCAUCAGCGGCCGCACCCCAUGGCCCGGGGUGGCAUCCCGGUGUCCGAGCAGCUAGGAACAACAACGCAAGGGCUGAACCUGGGGCCAGGCCCCCUGUUCUGCCGGCCAUGGGCAAUGACCCGCCAGUGCCCGCCUUACUAUGGGCCCAGGACGUGGGCUACAUCUUAGCAAGCCGCGCCCGCAAGCUGCUGCUACAGUUUGGGGUACUCUUAUGCACCGUCCUCCUCCUGCUCUGGGUAUCUGUGUUCCUCUAUGGCUCCUUCUAUUACUCCUACAUGCCGACAGUCAGCCACCUCAGCCCUGUGCAUUUCUACUACAGGACCGACUGUGAUUCCUCCACCUCCUCGCUCUGCUCCUUCCCCGUUGCCAAUGUCUCGCUGGCUAAGAAUGGACGUGACCGAGUGCUGAUGUAUGGGCAGCCCUAUCGGAUUACCCUGGAACUGGACCUGCCAGAGUCCCCGGUGAAUCAGGACCUGGGCAUGUUCUUGGUCACCAUUUCAUGCUACACCCGAGGCGGCCGCGUCAUCUCGACUUCUUCCCGCUCCGUGAUGCUGCAUUACCGCUCAGACCUGCUGCAGACGCUCGACACGCUGGUCUUCUCCAGCUUGCUGCUGCUGGGCUUUGCCGAGCAGAAGCAGCUCCUGGACGUGGAGCUCUACGCCGACUACAGGGAGAACUCGUACGUGCCCACCACUGGCGUGUUGAUCGAGGUCCACAGCAAGCGCAUCCAGAUGUACGGCGCCUACCUCCGCAUCCAUGCUCACUUCACAGGGCUCAGGUACCUGCUGUACAACUUCCCGAUGACCUGCGCCUUCGUCGGCGUGGCCAGCAACUUCACCUUCCUGAGUGUCAUCGUACUCUUCAGCUACAUGCGGUGGGUGUGGGGCGGCAUCUGGCCCCGACACCGCCUCUCCCUGCAGGUUAAUAUCCGGAAAAGAGACAAUCCCAGGAAGGGGCAGAGGGCCUCCUCCAAUCGGCAGCCAGGUGCGGAGCCCCCAGGCCAGGAGGCACUGGCUCAGUCCGAGGGCACAGAGGAUGGGGAGUGUGCUGAGGACCCCGCAAGCCCAGGGGGUCGGCUGUCCCCGGAGGACGAGCCAGAGCAGCAGCCCCCGAGAGGAGAGGCUGAGCUGGAGCAGGAGCCCAGUGAUGGCUCCUGGGAAGAUGCGGCCCUGCUAAUGGACGUCAACCUGCCUGCCCAGGCGUCCGCCCCCGCCCCUCCGCCUGCCCCCGAGACCCUGGGCAGCUCCGAGCCCCCGGGGGUCAUGCUCCGCCAGCGCUCCACCUGCUCCAGCUCUUGAAGAGAAGCGUGCAGAUGCCUCACAUUCCAGCACUUUCUUCUACCCAAUAAACUAUUUCCUUACUCUG